AUGACUACAAUAAGGCCGACUAAAGAUGGAUUUACUAACGGAAACCACCAAAAGAAAUCCACACCACUUCCAUCAUCAUCACCAUUCUCCGCUUCAACAGCAGGAAAGUCAAGAAUUGCCGUGGUUGUGGUGGGUCUCGUGACUUACUUCGUAGGACGCUCUGUAGAGCACUUCUCGCAGCCUGUGGCCGUUGAAAAGCCAGCAAUAACUGUCGUUCCAACAAUAACAGCCGCCGCCAUCGUGAAGAAAAAACAUCCUUCUAAUAAUAAUGAUACAGUCACUACAGAACAAUGCAACAUCAAACUGGCCACGUUGGAACACUCAUGGAACCAACGACGAGAUGCGCGGCGAGCAAAGACCAUGGGAAAUGCAAAACCAUUGAAACACAAACAAAAAACAGAUUCUGCAGGUGCAUUUGAUUACUUUGAGCCAGAAGCCGUUUGCUUUGACGACGAACGGUUUGGGACUUCGGAUGCCGAAGGUGAUUUCAAACGAUAUCAUGCCUAUGGGGAUGGACCAAAAUUCCUCUGUGGUGUCGACCGGCUCAUUGAACAGGCACAACAAAACAACAACAACAACAAUGACAACAACUGCUUGAUUUACAAUGUUGGCAGCAACAAUCAAAUUGAAUUUGAAAAGGCAUCUUCCUUAAUCCUGGGAUGUGAAAUUCACACGUUUGACCCCACUAUUAAAACCGAAGAUUAUCUUGGACACAACUAUUCCAAAUUUCACGAAUGGGGAUUGGGAGAAGAUGGGAAAGAAGUUGAGCUCAAUCACGCACGAGGGAAGUUCCAGUUUGAGGAAAUGUCCUUGGAAACCAUUGUCCAAAAACUGGGGCAUGGUAAUCGAGCCAUUGACGUGUUCAAGAUUGACUGUGAGGGUUGUGAAUACAGUGUCAUUAAAGAUAUCUUCACUGCCAUUUUCAAACACAAGCUACGAAUCAAUCAAGUGCUGGUGGAAUUUCAUGCCACUGGCAUGCGCAGAAGGAGAGAGAGGACCGACAAUGACAGAUCACACUAUGUCGACAGCAAACCAGACUUUCUGAACUUGAGAGAUAUCAUGUUGGUGGCGGAUAAAGCCGACAUGCGGGUCUUUCACAAGGAACGGAAUGGAUGGGCAUGCAAGGGAUAUGUGUGCAUUGAGUAUGCCUUUGUCAGCACUGACUUUUUGAGAAGAGCCAAUGCACAUUAUAUUUGCUAG